UCAAGAGGGACCGCAGCUCGGACAGUGAGUACCGGGCGCGGGCAUAGAGCGGGCAUCGGGCACGGGGAGUGGGCACCGGGCGCCGGGGUGGAGCGAGUAUUGGGAAAAAGUGAGAAUUACUCCAUCUCUAUCAUGUCGCAAUCUUCAGACAAGUUUAAGAUGCUGCAACAGCAGCAACAACUGUUACAGCAGCAGCAGCAACAACAAGCUCAGUUCACAAACCCAGAGACUCCUGGUUAUGUGGGAUUUGCCAAUCUUCCUAAUCAGGUGCACCGUAAAUCUGUGAAGAAAGGUUUUGAAUUCACACUCAUGGUAGUCGGUGAGUCUGGCCUGGGAAAAUCAACAUUAAUUAACAGCCUCUUCCUGACUGACCUCUACCCUGAGAGAGUUAUCCCUGGAGCUGCAGAGAAAAUUGAGAGAACAGUCCAGAUUGAGGCUUCGACUGUAGAGAUUGAAGAGCGUGGUGUGAAGCUGCGUCUGACUGUAGUUGACACACCAGGAUAUGGGGAUGCCAUUAACAGCCAGGACUGCUUUAAGACAAUUAUUUCAUACAUUGAUGAGCAGUUUGAGCGGUACCUGCAUGAUGAAAGUGGAUUAAACAGACGCCACAUUAUUGAUAACCGGGUUCAUUGCUGCUUUUAUUUCAUCUCUCCUUUCGGCCAUGGACUGAAGCCCCUGGAUGUGGAGUUCAUGAAGGCUAUACAUAAUAAAGUGAACGUUGUUCCUGUCAUUGCAAAGGCAGACACCCUUACACUGAAGGAAAGAGAGAGGCUCAAAAGAAGGAUCCUUGAUGAGAUAGAGGAGCACAGUAUUAGGAUAUACCACCUUCCAGAUGCGGAGUCCGACGAGGAUGAGGAUUUCAAGGAGCAAACUCGAGUCCUUAAGGCCAGUAUCCCCUUUGCUGUUGUUGGAUCGAAUCAGUUGAUUGAGGCGAAAGGUAAAAAAGUCCGAGGGCGUCUGUAUCCAUGGGGAGUAGUGGAAGUGGAGAAUCCAGAGCACAAUGACUUCCUGAAGCUGAGGACCAUGUUAAUUACACACAUGCAGGAUCUGCAGGAGGUGACCCAGGAUCUUCACUAUGAAAACUUUCGCUCGGAGCGUCUCAAACGGGGCGGCAGGUUGUCUUCACAUGGUUACAUUCUCCCUCUUUCUCCUUCGAAAGGGGAAGAGCAACCUCAGGAUAAGGACCAGAUCCUGUUGGAGAAAGAAGCGGAGUUGCGCCGUAUGCAGCAGAUGAUUGCCCAGAUGCAGGCUCAGAUGCAGAUGCAGAUGCAGAAGCCAGGAGGAGAUGGAGACACCAGCAGUGUGCACAGUCAGCAUGUCUAAACUGAAGCAAAGAUUGAAGAAAUCCACCACCUUGAAGCAGAAGUGGAAAGGGAUUUGAUGUGCGGAGAAUAUGGUAGCCAGUGUUGGCAGCUGAUUUCCGUGCUUAGUUCACAAUGCAGUAUUGUAACCUUUGUACUCUUAUUUCUGCUAGAUUUUUUUACUGUGAUAGUUUCUCUUUUUUAUAUAUUAUGUAUGGCGAUCUUACGUUAUUCUUAAUUCCAGUUAUGUUACUUUUUGUACUUAUGUACCUUUUUAUGAAGUUGUAGCUUUCUAGUACUUGGUAUAAAAUAUUUACAACACUGGUCAAGGGUGCAAAAGCCACUAUUAUUGGAAAAGUUUGAUUAUAAAGGAACUGUAGCCAAUUUUAUUAAAUAAUACCACCUGGUUUGAUAUGUAUAGGGUGAGGUGGGGAAGGUUUGGAGAGAUGUACCAGGUAUUGCUGCUGAUCCAUACUGAAGGUAGAUGCAGGUUGAAUAUAAUCCCUGGACCUUGAUGUUUAAUGCUUUCUGGUGAUGAACCAGGUUAUUGUAUGUAUAAACAGUUAUUAUAUGCUGUCUCCCCAGUAUUGUGUUCUGCACACUUCUAUCUCUCAGCUCAGAACAGAAAUAUUUGUCAAAAGUACAAAGGUUUAGUAGAAGUUUUGUUCAAUGACCUUUUCUCUUGCUAAUGUACUUGCUGCUCCUUUGCUGUGAGGCUUACCUUGUGUACCUCACUGUGGUGCAGGGGCUCUUGGCCCAUGAUUCUGCUCAGCUGACAGUUUAACGAGCUGUAUUUUAAUGGUGCAGCCCCACGUAACUGAGCCUUGAUGCAUGGCGUUUCCAUUGUUGAUUUUCCCUUGUAUAGGUUCAUAUUUACUUUUUGGGGGAGGGUAGGAGAACUGGCAUGCCAUAAUUUGAGGGAAAGAGGGAGUUAGUGGUAUUCUGUAAUGUGCUUGUGGGAAGCACAGUAAGAAUGCAGUCUUCUCACAAAUUGCUGGCUACUGGUUUUUAAGAGAUCUGCAAAUGGAUGGCUAUAAAAAAAUUUAAAUUCCUAUAGGCAGUGAAUUGGAUUGAGAAAAAAAAAUCCUAACUGGAGAUCAAGUCUGUUUACUCUGAUAAUCCUUGGGGAUAACUAAUCCACUGAUUUGUUUUCCGUGUUUCAUUUUAGAUUAUUUAAUUCCUUAUCCUAAUUCAGUAAAAUGUUUCCAAAAUACAGCCCUUUUGAAUUGAUACCAUGUGUACACUACUUUCCUGUAUUAUAAUGGGCAGUAGCAAUGUCAGAAUGUCUUCAGUGCACUGUCACCAUUUGAUCUGAUCGUUCACAUUCACUGUUGGAAAACUGCACAAAUUGCACAUACAAUUUGUCAUCAGGCUUUGUGCACUAGACAGCUUCAGUUAUUUCAUCCUCAACCCCAACAUGAGCCUAUACAUGGGCUGUAACUGAAAAACCUGUAUUAUUUUUAAAAAAAAGCAAUCUGUGUGUUUUACACUAGAUUCAUCAUGAGGUAUAUUAAAAUUCUAGUGGAGUUAUUGGAUUGAACAUGGCUAUUUACCUGGCCCCACACCACCUUUCCUUUGAAAGUCCUCAAACCAUCUUAAAAGGUUAUUGGUAAAAUAGGUUAUAGCGUAUCUAGCUUGCAUGUUCAGAGUAAAUGUUGACAUCAGUCAGUACGGAAAUGUCAGAGCCUUUCUUACUACUCAACUAGAGAUGAUCAUCAUUACUUCGACCAGAUUUGCUUAAAAAUUCUUGCCAACGGUUCAGACUUGCCUCAGAGCAUGUACUUUUUUUUUUAUCAGCAGUGGUGAGUCUUCCUGAGAGUACUUUGUGGCUCACUCUUUCUAAGUGAGUUGCCUGCAGACUGUAUUUAGAUGUGCUCAACAGACUAUUAUUCAGGAACCAGACAUUUCAGGUAAAAUGCUCCUUAAAAGGGUUAUUGUAGCAUUUGGCAGAAGACAUCUUCAAACUCUGAAGGCUCUUAACAACAUAUUGUUGCAAUCUCAAAUGUUGUGCAGUUUAUGCUAAUUCUUGCAUGUUAGUAGCCGCUUGAAUUUUUUUCAUGGCUCUAUUGGCACCUAUAAUUGGCAAGAGCUGGAAUCUCAUUCCGACGUCCUAUAUUUAAAUCUAUUUAUAAGAAUUGCCAAUAAAUUCAAUUCCUUUGGUUAGACUGCCACAGCAGAGUCUCCAAGCUUUUGCCCUCCUGAGCUGUAUAGAUCAAAACGUGCAGCCUGUAAUUGGGGGAAGAGGUACUACAAAUUUAAAUCCACGUGCCCAUUAAUCCCUGCAUAAUUUAAGUUGCCAAUUCUAACAAAUCUUGGAGUUCUGAUUUUGGGUUUAUUAACCAGCGAACCUUUCCAAACAUCUAGGCAUGCAAAAUGCAGAAAGGGAAAAGGCAGGUUCAGUGCCCUGCAGUUGCAGAGCUUUGGAUGAACUAAGCGUUAUAAUGUUUGGAGCAGUGGAACAAAACCAGCAAAAGUGCAGCAACUUGGAUGGAUAACGGGUGAUGUCCACAGUGGAGUUGGGGAUGUGGAUUGGCAUCCUGAUGGAAAUAUUUUAGCUAACUGAGAAAAAAUUAGUCUUGCCAUCUAUGAAGAGAAUAAUAUCUCAGACAUCUAACAACAUUUUAAGGCAUAUGCAAUAAGCAUGUGUUUGCUCCUGAGAAAUAAAUUGUGUUCCUUGGGCUCCAGUGUGUCUGGGUGGUCAAAUCAUACCCUGUGUAUGGACAUGUCUCAGCAAAUCCAGUACAUUCACUUAAAUGCAAUAAAAUUAAUUUCAUAAGUAUCAUCAAUAUAGAACUGCACAAAUUGAUGCUCAUACAUGCGGUUGCUUAUGUUUAAAUCUGUAUGUUUCUCAAAGUACUUCAGCUUGACAUUAAAGCUACUCUUGUUUUAACUGGCAAAUUAUAUAGGUGCUGGGAAAGCAUUUUGUAAAUGGACUUGUUGUCAACAGAACAUUCCUUGACCUAGUGUAAUUAGUUCUUUGCCAAGUUUGAAGUCACAUACAUCUUAUAGAAACCUCUGAUACAGCACGUUAAUAUACUGUGAAUCCAACAAGGUUCUUUGCAAUCACAGUAGUACCUGACUCAUAGUAAUGAGCGGAGGAAGUUCCCACAACCAAUGGCUCUUGCCUGCAUUUAUUUUCAGAUCAGUACAAUUGCAAACUAGUGUGCAAACAAGAUCUGGGGGAAUGUGAGUUUUGUAGUUUUCACCAUUUUUGCAAUUGAAUAGUAUUAAACAAAUGAAGUUGCACUUGGUAGGAUUGGCCAUCUGCCUCAAAGUCAUAGUUUGAUACCACUCCAAAUGAGCUUUGUAAAAUGGGAUAGUGGGGAGAAACAGCAUCGUCAUUGCACUCAACAAAUAACACAAUACUGUGUUUUAGAUCAAAGCUUUUGAUGUGCGAAAUAGUUAGUAUUUUUAUCCUGUUGCACGUGUGGUACAUGUUGCCUUAGAAAGCUGACCCUUCUCUUUGGUGCCAACCUGUUAUGAGACUGAAACGAGAAAAAGGGAACAUACUUGCUUAUACUUCCUAUCACAGUCUCUUCCAGUACUAAUUCAGAUUUUCUUUUGUCUUCUAAUUUUAGUGAAAAACCAAUUACAAAAUGUUCCUUGUAUUUUGGCUAAAACAGUUGAGGGAAAAUGGAGUUCAGUGUGGGAGAGGGAGGUGGAACCAAUAGCUCUACAGUUAUGCAGGCUGUUUCCAGUUAAUGCUCAGGCAAUUCUCCUGAAGGAGGGGAAGAGUUUGAGUGUCUGUACUUCUGACUGUUAUUCUGUACUUCCAUUCUGAUUGGAGUGCCAGUGACCCAUUUAGGUGUCAAGGUGCCAAGUUAUGAAGCUUUUAUACUGCCAAAAUAUUGUUAGUGUUACUUUCAUGUGUUUUAAAGUCUGGGAAUUCAGAAGCUGUUUUGGAACUGCUAACCAUUUCAGUAUUGUAUCCGGUUGCAAUGUCUGAAUUAUCUGGUAGGUUUAGAAGUGAGGCUGGACUUGUCAGAGCAUUGUGUCUGAUGGCCUGUGGCUUAGCCAUAUCUGUGGAUGUACUGGCGAUUGAGGCAGUAAUAAUGAAAUACAACCCUGUCCAAUUGGUUGGUUAGUAUAACAAUGUCAUUUCAUGUAUAUGCUUGCUCACUAAAACAUCAUAAUAAACUCGUACAAAAUA